AAAGCCUGGGGAUCUUCCCAACUGGAUUAAAGUGAUGGUUAUGUCCCCCCGUCUCCUUCCAGCUGAUAAUGAUCAUGAUCAAAGUGAGUAACUUCAAUGAGACACGGCCCAUGAACGUGGCUGAGCCCUGGUUGGACUGCCUCCUGCAGGAGGAGUUCUACAACCAGGUAACAAACCACAACAACCCAGAUAUUGGUUAUGUUCCAAUAUACACAUUACUAUGCAUAUAAUGCAUGGCUAAAACACUGCUUCCUUCUGAAUGGUAUAAUAGAGUGGAUCAUACUAAUUAUGUCUGUGGUGUGGAUUUUCUCAUCACAUCCUGUUCUCUACUGCUCUCUCUGAGUGACAUGGAGAAGCUGGAGGGUCUUCCUGUGACUCCGUUCAUGGACAGGGACAAGGUGACCCUGUCCAUGAGCCAUCCUCUCAGACAAGCUUCAUUGGCUUCGUCCUAUUACCUUUUCAUGGAGCUGGACAACCUCUUCCCCUGCCUGGAGCAGCACGUCAUAGACCCAGUGCGUAAAGGCCCUGGACUACUACACAGAGAUGGAGAAAGCACCAGAGAGAGAGAAACUGAUCCGAGCACAGAGCGACAAAGCAGCCGCAGCCAAGAACAAGGAUACUACACUUCAGAACCCACAGAACCAUCAGAACACAGCAGAUAGUACAUCAGAGACUGGGAACACCUAGAAACCAGCCACAUUGUGACGGCCUGCUGAUAGGCUAGUCUACAGUAUGACCAGGAGUAACCAACCAAACAAUAGAAAGGACAUUACUGUGACAUUACUGACUGUGUCACAAAUAGGGCUUUGUGUUGUGUGAAUUGAAGCACUUUACUAAUAUGGCUCCUUUGGUCUUUGUAGAAAAGAGGUAUUCACAGUCUUGUUACAGGACUUUUGUCUGCUGUUUUUUGCUACAUAAAUGUUUUUUUUACUGCAUAUAUUCAGUAUUUCAAAAUAUUUGUAUAUUAAGAAUGGUUAAAUACACUAUGACAUUCAAGACAUCGCGAAGAAUCAGCGUGCAGUUUCUUAUUUUUUAUUUAGUGCUAUGCUUAAACAAAGCACCAGAGGUGCAGUUGUCUUUGAAAAAUCGGGAUAAAAGGUACAUGGAUUUGUCUUCACUGAAUGUUGACGUGGAUGUUUUCCAUGCUGAUAAUGAAGGGUGGAAAAAGGGGGGUCAGAAAUUGUAUUUCACCUUUAUUUAAUCAGGUUGACCAGUUGAGA